AUAAAGUUGGUUAUUUUUCAUCUCGACACAGUUUGCAAUUGCGUAGGGUUUCGUCCUUGUCAUCACUACCCACAACUGCUCUUCAUUCGCCGGAAACCAUCGGACUGUGUAUCUCCGCCGCCAUGCCGCAACCACUUCUCUCCACAAUUCCACGUUAAUCAAUAUUGAAAUUGGAUUAAUUUUUGUCUUUGUUUUCUGAAAAUCAAUUUCCCCAAAUCAAUUUCAUUCAAUACAUUUAUAUACUCUAUUUAAAACAAGUGGAGUAGUAUAUAAUCUUCAUUCUAUUUCUAUUAGGUUCACACUCCAUAGACAUUUCUUGAUUUAGCGAAAAUAGACAAAUUAGCGAACUGGUAUUAGGGUUUAGUGGCGAAGUUUUACGGAAUUGGGGAGUGCAGUGAUGGGGGGAGAGGAUCAGACAUUUAGGGCAGAUUUCUCUAGUGAAGGAGUUUCUAGGCUUCGUGGCGUCGUCGAGGAGAAGCUCAAGGAGUUCAUGGGUGAUUACACCGAUGACACUCUCGUGGAAUAUGUGAUAGUCUUGCUAAAAAAUGGUAGGAGUAAGGAUGAAGCAAAGAAUGAGCUGGAUGUCUUUUUAGGAGAUGACAGCGACUCUUUCAUAUCUUGGCUAUGGGACCAUCUGGGAUCUAAUUUGAGUUCAUACGUCCAAGCACAAGAACUUCAACCCGGAGUUCCCAAAGCAGAACCUUCUGCGGGAGAUCAGCCUGGGAAAACUGGAUCUGAUAAGAUUGAAUCUGUAGCUGAUAAAGGGAACUACGUUGAAACAUAUGGGCACCAUAAAAAUCGGGAAAAUAAAGGGCAUGUAAAGGGUGAUAAUGACGAAGCCCCCCUUCCUCGAAAGUCCGUGGCCAAAAAUGUAAAUAUCAGAGAUGAAGAUCAGCCUAGUGAUUCUCAAUCUAAACCACGUCGUUUUCUUCAGUCAACAAUUCAUAAAAAAAGAAGGCGAAAUGAUGAGGAACAACAUCAAAGAAAGAGAGAAGUGUCCCAUUCAACUGUUAGUGCCCCAAAAAGACUACUGCAAUUUGCUGUACGUGAUGCUGUUGCUACUUCUAGGCCACCAAAUGCAACAGCAGAGCCUUCACUCAAACGUCUACGCUCUGUGAUUUCAACAACGGAGUCAUAUGCAGAAGCACGCCCUCAGAGGAUUCGUCACGCUUCUAUGUCUGUGGCUAUUAAAGCUAUGGCUGAAGCGGUGAAGGAUGUCACUAAAGUUAGGCCUUCCCGUAAUGUGUUUGAUAGGCUUGGUAAUGCUAUGAAUGGCCCAAACACUAGCAGUCACCGCGAAUAUGGAGGUGUUGCUGAAGAUGCUGUUGAUGGAGAUUUUAAUGUUGAGAUGGAGAGUCUUCACUCUUAUUACCCACGAGAUGAUAUCAGCAUGCUACAUGAAGGGAACAUGUCAUCUUUUCAAGAAGUCCUGGAUAUUGAUCGGGGAUAUGGCAGAGAAAAUUAUGAUGAAAGGGGACGGGAAGGCACAGAUAUUUAUCCAUCAGGAUCAUCUAGUGGGAAAUGGGUAGAGAGCUCCUUGAAGUUUCAAUAUGGUGCUGCUGAUCACGAUGAUGGAACAGCAUACAGAUCACGUAAAGAUAUUAUUCAACCUGCGGCAGUGCAUAGUGCAAUCCUCACGAAUUCUUCUUCUGUAAGCAUGAAAAUGAGAAGACCUCAAUAUCAGGAAGAAAUAGAGGCAACUGAGAUGGAUGAUCAUGAAAGAAUGAGAGGUGCUGAUACAAACUCUGAAGUGUGGUUGAUGAAAACAAACAACAAUCAUACAGUGCCUUUUAAUGGAAAUGCAAAGCCAGAUGCUACUGUGCUCGAGUCUGAAAGGAGUCAGGAACCAAGUGGUCUACGUAACACUGGUCCCCCAGCCGAAGACGCUGAUUCCCGUACCAUCUUUGUUAGCAAUGUUCAUUUUGCUGCCACAAAGGAUAGCCUUUCAAAACAUUUCAACAAGUUUGGAGAAGUCUUGAAAGUUAUCAUCUUAACUGAUCCAGCUACUGGGCAACCAAAAGGAUCAGCAUAUAUAGAAUUUAUGAGUAAAGAAGCAGCUGAGCUUGCUUUGUCUUUGGACGGCACAUCCUUUUUGUCACGCAUUUUGAAGAUUGUAAAGAAAACCUCUGCUCAACCUGAUGUUGCAUCUGCUAUGACAUGGCCUCGCGUUGCACGGGCAUCUCCUUUUGUUGUUCCAAGAUAUGGCAGAGCUUCUUUCGCUAGAGGUAUGCAAUACAGGGGUGGUCGUGUACCUAUGAUGCUGGGUGCAAGGAGUUUCCAGUGGAAGCGAGGGUCUGACUCAACUGUGACCGAGACUUUAGGCCAGGCAUCCAACAGCAUGAUUUUAUCACCAACUACACGUAGUCUCACAUAUGUCAGAGCAGAUGCAAAAACAAAUGUGAGUUCAGGUUAAAUUGUUUAUAAUUCAGCGCCGUGCAGGGAUAUUUUGAACACCGGCAUUGUUUUUGCUUGGUCGACAUGAUCAGCCAAGUGCAGAGAUGCAUGAGUUGAGGAAUAAUAUCCGCUUUACAUUAUUAUUACAGUGAAGAUUGGGUGAUUCUGGGCGUUACGGGAACAGAACGACCUGAUUUUGUGAAUAUUAUGGACUGAAUGCAGCCUAGACAUUAUGCCCUCAGAAUGUUUUUGGUUUUGCACUUAACCUUUUAUCAUCAAUUGAAUACGAAUUGAAAAAUGAAAAAUGAAAAUAAAUGAAAAAUGUUUGCCGAA